AUGGGUGAUCAUAGUGUCCUUUCAGGCUGCCGCGUCGUCCUUUUGGGAGGAAAAAGCCUUUUAGGGCAGGAGACUCAGAGGGCGCGGGCGGGAGACCUAGAGGGCGCGGGCAGGAGGCUCAGAGGGCGCGGGCGGGAGACUCAGAGGGCGCGGGCAGGAGACUCAGAGGGCGCGGGCAGGAGGCUCAGAGGGCGCGGGCGGGAGGCUCAGAGGGCGCGGGCGGGAGGCUCAGAGGGCGCGGGCAGGAGGCUGAGCGGGCGCGGGCAGGAGACUCAGAGGGCGCGGGCAGGAGACUCAGAGGGCGCGGGCGGGAGACCUAGAGGGCGCGGGCGGGAGACUCAGAGGGCGCGGGCAGGAGACUCAGAGGGCGCGGGCAGGAGGAGACUCAGAGGGCGCGGGCAGGAGACUCAGAGGGCGCGGGCGGGAGACCUAGAGGGCGCGGGCGGGAGACUCAGAGGGCGCGGGCAGGAGACUCAGAGGGCGCGGGCAGGAGACUCAGAGGGCGCGGGCAGGAGACUCAGAGGGCGCGGGCAGGAGGCUGAGCGGGCGCGGGCAGGAGACUCAGAGGGCGCGGGCAGGAGGCUCAGUGGGCGCGGGCGGGAGACUCAGAGGGCGCGGGCAGGAGACUCAGAGGGCGCGGGCAGGAGGCUGAGCGGGCGCGGGCAGGAGACUCAGAGGGCGCGGGCAGGAGGCUGA